UGUUGCUUGUGCACAUGUGCCUGCAUACGAGAGGGCUACAUAUGUGUACAGCACAGGGGCGAACUGACAACUCAUGGGGCCCCCGGGCAAUAGGGGAUAAUGGGGCCCCUGUGUCCUUGCCCAAACUCAAAAAAGCCUAUGAAAAAGGUACCAGGGGCAUCUCAUGGGGCCCCCUACUGACCCCGGGCCCUCGGGCAGGGCCUGAGUUUCCAAAUGGUCAGUCAGCCCCUGGUACAGCACACUAUCACAUUUACAGUAUGUGCUGAACAGUUGGGAU